AUGGAUUCCCUUCGAGCGGUCAUGGUCCGGGUACGCACCGUUACGGUCAAAGGCCGGACAGAGGACCUCAGGUAUGGCAAGCCAGGUCGGAGUACCCAGGGACUACGCGCGGUCUGGGCAUCGAACAUGCGAUCGCUCGCGACAAUUUGCCAACAACGCUCAAGGGUGGCUCAAGCGUGGGGUCCGUUGGCAAAGAUGCCAGUGCUCGUCCUUCAUACUUGACCACGCCUCGAGGAAGCAAUACCGGAGACGCACCGAACAGGUCAGGAAAUGCGCUCUUGUCCCCGGCCCGCGAAGACUUCAAUGGAGAGCGCGUUGCGAUGCAAAUGGCCGUCGGCCUACCUGUGGCUUACACCCACGGUGGAAACACACCAAAGCUUCCAGCCUCACCACCGAAUCGCAGCGUUGCGCUGCCUGGAUUGCCCAGUCUGAUGAGAGCAGAUUACAGUCAGGCCGAACCACCGAUCAGAGCAGUCACUCGAAGAGAUCCGCACGCCGUCGCCUUUCCUGCAUCAGCUCCAGCAACGCAGACCAAGACGGACUUUGGAGAAGCGGCAGGCGAGCGGACUUUGGAUAGCGCUCAAUUGCGGCGUGGCGCAUCAGUCUCGUCAGGCGAAGGCGGCAGCUCGGGUGCAGCCUCCGCCACGUUCAAUCGGAGCACCAACACCUCGAUGACUAGCCUGCGCGCGCCAUCCUCAGCGCUGCCGACCGCGAGCGGCAAGAAGUCGACGGAGAGCUUUUCGCGUGGAUCUCAGUCAGCAACUCCCGAGAGAGCCCAGUCCGCGCAGUCUCGCACCCAUGCAAGACCUAGAGCUGUCACCACAAACUCGACUGCGGCCUCUUCGCAGCGCAGCCUUCAAAAUACCAGCUCUGCGUCCUCGUCUCAUCCAUCGUCAAGCGUUGCUCCGUUGCGGAUUCGUCCUCGGGCUACUGA